AUGACAAUUUUAAGUUCUCUUUCAUGGAUAAGCUUUCUUCUUCUACUCUUUCUUGUUCAUGGUCAACACCAAUCUGGUUUUGUCAGUAUAGAUUGUGGUAUACCUGAUGAUUCGAGCUACAAUGACGAGACAACAGACAUAAAGUAUGUUUCCGAUUCAACGUUUGUUGAGUCAGGAACAAGCAAGAGCAUAGCUCCUGAGCUUAAGACAAAUACUUCUCUUGCAAGACAGUUUCACAAUCUAAGAAGCUUCCCUGAAGGUAAGAUAAACUGUUACAAAGUGUUGCCUCAACAAGGUAAAGGAUUUAAGUAUUUGAUCAGAACCCGUUUCAUGUAUGGAAACUAUGAUGGACUCGGAAAAGCACCACCCGCUUUCGACCUCUAUCUAGGUGUUAAUCUAUGGGAUUCUAUUGUUCUUGACAAUUCAACAACUAUAAUAACCAAAGAGAUCAUACACACUCCUUCUCUAGACCAUUUUCAUGUUUGUCUUGUUGAUAAGAACAGAGGAACUCCUUUCUUGUCUGUUUUGGAAGUAAGGUUCUUGAAGAACAAUACUUAUGAGACUCCUUAUGAAGCUCUCAUGCUUUUUAGGAGAUGGGAUUUGGGUUCUACUAGUAAUCUUCCUGUCAGAUACAAAGAUGAUGUCUAUGAUCGCAUAUGGAUGCCGAGUAGGUUUAAAAACCAUAUGAUACUGAAUACAUCACUCCCUAUUGAUCAAAACUACAACAACCGCUUCAACCCUGCUAGUGUUGUCAUGAGUACCGCUACAAGAGCGAUUAACGCUAGCGAUUACAUAAUUCUGUUUUGGGAACCCGCGGACCCUAGGUUGAAGUUUUAUGUAUAUAUGCAUUUUGCUGAGGUUGAAGUGCUCACAAGAAACCAGACGAGAGAAUUCACAGUUUAUUACAACAAUGACACAAGACUUGCUGAAAAGUUUAGACCUAGCUACUUGUAUACGGAUACAGUUUUCACACCAGAUCCAGUAACCGGACCAAUACAUGAGUUUUCUUUCGUACAAACCUCUGGAGAGAUGCUUCCACCGAUCAUUAACGCCAUGGAGAUAUAUCAAGUUAAUGAGUUCUUUCAGUUAUCAACUGAUCAAGAGGAUGUCGAUGCGAUGACGAAGAUCAAGGAUAAGUACAGACUGAAGAAAAAUUGGCAAGGAGAUCCAUGUGUUCCUGUGGAUUAUUCUUGGGAAGGUCUUGAUUGUAUCCACAGUGAUAACAUUACUAACCCAAGAGUCAUUUCUCUGAACUUAUCUUUUAGUGGAUUGACUGGAGAGAUUGAUCCAGCCUUUUCCAAUCUUACAUCCAUCAAAAAACUGGACUUAGCAGGUAAUAACUUAACAGGAAAAGUACCAUAUUUCCUUGCAGAUUUACCAAAUUUAACUGAGUUAAACUUGGAAGGAAACAAGCUGAUAGGAAUAGUUCCACGAAAACUCCUUGAGAGAUCAAAGGAUGGAUCACUUUCACUGAGGUACGGUGGAAAUCCAGAACUUUGCUCGUCUGAUUCAUGCGAAAAGACAAAGAAAAAUAAUGGUUAUAUCAUUCCAGUAGUAGCAUCAGUCAUAGGGCUGCUCGUUCUUUUCACCGCAUUAGCUUUAUUCUGGCAUUUCAAGAAAAGAUCACAUAAAGGUUCAAACAUUCAAAAAACAUUCAAAAGUUCAUUGUAUAUAAUAAAGAAAGACAUAAUCAUUAUAAACACUUCUAAUACUCCUUUGUUUGCAGGUACCAAUGAUGCCAAUACCGGUCCAUUAAACACAGCCCAACGAUACUUCAAAUACUCAGAAGUUGUGAGUAUCACAAAUAACUUCGAGAGAGUUCUCGGCAAAGGAGGUUUUGGUGAAGUAUACCAUGGAAUCUCAGAUGGAGAUCAAGUUGCAGUCAAGAUACUUUCUGAAGAAUCAGCUCAAGGUUACAAAGAGUUUAGAGCAGAGGUGGAAAUUCUGAUGAGAGUUCAUCACACAAACCUGACCUCUCUUAUCGGAUACUGCAAUGAGGGAAAUAAUAUGGUUCUUAUAUAUGAGUUUAUGGCUAAUGGGAACUUAGGAGACUACUUAUCAGGAAAAAUGUCAUUUAUAUUGAGCUGGGAAGAGAGGUUAAAGAUUUCACUAGAUGCAGCGCAAGGGCUAGAGUAUCUUCACUAUGGUUGUAAGCCUCCUAUAGUUCACAGAGAUGUGAAGCCAACAAACAUCUUACUAAAUGAGAAGAUCCAAGCCAAGAUUGCGGACUUCGGUUUAUCCAGAAGCUUCCCUGUUGAAGGAAGCGAUCAGAUUUCAACCGUUGUGGCUGGAACAAUCGGUUACCUCGAUCCCGAGUACUACUCGACGCGCCAAAUGAACGAGAAGAGUGAUGUUUAUAGCUUCGGAGUUGUUCUUCUUGAAGUGAUAACAGGGCAGCCUGUAAUUGCAUCCUCAAGAAGAGAGAAGAGGCAUAUAAGUGAUCAGGUAAGUUCAAUGUUAGCCAAAGGAAACAUCAAAGGGAUUGUGGAUCAGCGUCUAGGAGAGAGAUAUGAUGCUGGCUCUGCUUGGAAAAUGGCAGAAUUGUCCCUUGCUUGUACAGAGCAGAGGUCUACGCAUAGACCAACGAUGAGUCAGGUCGUUAUGGGGCUGAAACAGAUCGUUGAUGGCAGAGUGAACGAUCAUAAUAACCAAGGUGACUCGACAAAGAUGGUUACAGUGAAUCUGAAUUCCGAAAUGGGUCCUCAAGCAAGGUAGAUGAUUUUACUGCGUGCUGAAGAACAAAUUCUUUUUUUUUUUGUUUCUUUCAUUUAUAUCGCAUCUCAAUAAAAACGUUACGUAUAUAAAUUUAUUUACCUUACCUAUGUAAUAAACCCUCAAACUGCUUCCAUGCUUACCAUUGGUGACCUGACUCAUCUUAGGUUGUGGGCUUUUUGAUAAUACCAUUUCUUUUGCUUUA